AUGGCUGAAUUAGAUGCUUUUCUGGGAAUAAUUAUUUUAUCCAUUUUUAACCUAAGGAAAUCUCAAAGGGAUUAUUGGUCUCAGAAUCAUCUUCUGAAUUGUGAAGCUGUAGUUGGAGCUAUGAGUCGUAAAAAGUUUGAAAAUAUUAAAUCCAAGCUGAAGCUGUACAAGCCUGGAGAUGAAAAUCCUAAUGAUAAAGCUUGGCGAGUGAGAGGUCCUUUAGAGAUUUUUAAGCAAAAUGCGAGACAGUUCGGUUAUUUUUCAUCUGCCUUGUCAGUUGACGAAAUGAUGGUGAAGUUUCGUGGAAGAACUGUUUUAAAGCAGUUCAUACGAAAUAAGCCUGUGCGUUUCGGCAUCAAAAUGUGGGCUCUUUGUAGUUCCGAAGGAUUCUUGUUCGAUUGUGACAUUUAUUGUGGCAAAAAUUCGAAAAGCUAUUUCUUUGGCAACCGAGAAACGCUCAAUAAAUGUGCCUUAGGUAGCUGCGUUGUCGUUGGUCUUCUUCAAAAUCUUCUUUCUUCAGUUGUACCCAGAAAUCUUGUGAAAUAUCACUUAUAUUUUGACAACUUUUUUACGAGUCCAGAUUUACUGGUUCACCUGAAGAAAGUUGGUUUGCGGGCAACAGGGACAGUUAGAGCCAAUUAA